AGGUCACCUUCACUGCGCAUAUUAUUACUUCUAUUUAUAUAUCAUAACUCUCAUAAUAUGUGUCAUUUCAUCUCAUCUCACUAAUAAUUCCUGGCACUCAAAAACGUCUAGCCUUAGAACGAGAAAUAAUAGAGAUGGCCUCUCAAACACCACGACCCACGAAAAAUCUGAUACUAUCCGAUGGUGAAGACAGAAAAGAACCCUGCACCCCGUGUAAAUUCCAGGACAAAAAGUCGCCGGCAGUCUCCGCUUGUAACACAUGUCGAAAUUAUCUGUUGUGCAGGAGUUGUCAGGUAAAACACAACCAAAACGCCAACACCAAGGAUCACAUUGUUGUUGCAUUGAUUGAUCAGGACUCGGAACAGAUUACCUUAUGUACGAAGCACCUUGGAAGGAGCAGGAGCUUUCUUUGUGUUGAAUGUGACCAGCUAAUUUGUGAUGUCUGUAUUGACAUUGAGCAUGGUGACCACAGCUUGAAAAGCAUUGAGGGGAUAACGAAGGAGAUACGUGUUGCUAUGGAGCCGUUGAUUUCGUCUGUGUCUGAUGACAUCGACCAAGAGAUCGAGGCAAUAAAGUCUUCGGAGAACGGCAUCAUCAAGAAAGUUGAAACGCAUGCGGAAGGCCUCAUAGCGGCGAUAAAUAGUGAGAAAGAUCGGGUCGUUUCGGAAAUAAAGAUAUAUGGAUGCACCGAGAGUACAACGGAAUUGGCGAAGGUGCGUAGUGUCUUGGGUGAGGUUUUACGACGAGGGGAAGAAGCACUAUCUUCGAAGAUCGAGAACAUACAUCAUUACAAUGCAAUUCUUAAAACGAAGUCCGAUUUAGAAAAGGCAAAGGCAGAAAACACCAGCUUCAUCACCAAAUUGAGCGGUAAACGUAAGUCCUUAGCAAUGGCAACAUUUGUUCCAUCUAAAAUCCGAAUAGAUAACUUGUUGGGAGAUUUUGUCGUCGCACCAGCGGAUACAGAGGAGAAGGUAUUCACAAUGAAGCAAUUAGAAAGGUGGACGAUAAAACCUUGUUGUAAAGUGGGGCCAGUGGUCAUCUUGCCAAAUGGCUGUGCAUUUCUGUGCUCCCGCGCACAAAGCGAAAUGACCUCCAUGCAGAUUUACACAACCGGCAAUCCUUUGAGGGAAGUAUCUUGCGGUAACGUGGUAAACUUGUUCGUCACAAAUGACCGCAUUGCAUGUGUUACAUCAUCUCAAGAACUUUUUUCAUUGCCUCUCAUCGACCUGGAAAAGAAGGUUGGACACGAGCUAUCGAGUCAAGUCAGAAUAGAUGGGUACUUUUGUGCAAAAACCAAAAAAGGAAAUAACGUGGUUGUUGAAGGAUUACCACCUAACUAUUCUGGAACAUUUUUCAACGUGAAGUUUCGAAAGGGUGCCUUUUAUUCGACAUUCGGCAUAAGUGAUCUGGCAAUCAAUAUUGGACCUGCUUCAUUCAUUGCAAGUACAUCCAUCGGUUGGAUCAAGUACCUCGACAUGCUCCUCAUACAUGACGUUCGGAUUGGGGAAGUACUUGCAUACACUUUAGAAGUACGAAACGAAAUCAAGACGGAUUCGCCACUGACAUUGAAAUACAGUCUUGAGAAGAGGUCGUCAAUUUCCUCACCGUUGCCUGGGUUCUACAUCGUGGAGAUAUAUUGUACCGAUAAUCUUGCGUACCUGUACCUGAAGAAGGGCAAUCAGGAUGACAAAACCAUAAAGGCCGCCCCAGUCAAGAUCUACGAAGCACAGUUUAUCGAUAACCACUGGAAGAUGACUAGUUUAAAACUGGUUAAGCCUGAUGGAGACGAGCUGUGUUCCCUUGAGAACGACCAACAGAUGAAGAUCGCAGCCAGCGAUGACAAGCUGCUAUGCUUAGUGUACAAUCCAACUCCGCUCGGAAAGGAUAAGGAAAGCCUCGUCCCGAUGAUGGAUAUCACCUGCUAUGUCGGAAGUAAAAGCAGUGCUCUCAGUCAGACGACGCAUGCGCCGAGUGGAUCUCCUGUCGCUGGUUGCAGUUCUUCGGGACCUCAACGGAAAUGAUUACCUCGUGUCCGAGAACAGAUUAGUCUUUGUGACUUGGACACUUAUGGUAGCGGAAGCUGUAGGUUUCACAGAUCUUUUACUCUUCAGAAUAUCUUCUGUAUUUGCAAAAACAGCAGUGACGGAAACUGAGUAUUUACGCCUAUAUGUAGCUAGUAUUUUCCCGUAGCAGCUAUCAAAACGCGUCAAGAGGCCCAAUAUAUUGUAUUAAUUUAUCCAAGCCUGCGACACAAUUUAUUCUGAGCAAUCCGAUUGGCUCACUCAAACGACAACGUUUCAACACGUGCGAGCAACGGAACUAUUUAGUCAAUAAAGGCUGAAUAGUGCCGUAGUACGGUACAUGUACAUGAUGCCUUACCUUCUGCCCAGCCUUGUCAACAUACUGUGUCCACCUGGUCCCAUCGUCACUAUAUUUGAACGCAAAUGUCUUCACCCAAUGGGCGGCGUCACUUCUUCCUUGGAGAGCCACCUGGCGGAUCCGGUAGACAUCUUUGAGGUUUGCACCGAUCCAGGGGGUCGUAUCGUCUGACCUUGGGACCCAGGCGCCUGGAUAGCCGCCCAAGAUGGCUACAAUGGAAGCAAAGUUUUGUGUAACCUUCCGGUGUACCCUGAACUGAGCAACGUCAAAACUUGGAGUAACCAGACUAAACGACGACUGCACGAGCUUCGGUUAAUCAACGUGAUAUAUCUAGGUAGAGCACCCACUGUACUCAGGAUCGUAAUUUCCUCUUGUUCGAUAUGUAACACAUAUACCGGUAUAUCUUUGGUUUAGGAUAGUAUUUUUUUUUGUCAGAUCCAUAUCGCACGAAUGUCAAUAAUUUUGUUUUGUUUAAUAUGUGACGCAAACAUCAGUAGUUUAGAUUCUUUUGUUCAACUCGUGACGCAUAUAUCAGUAGUUUAGAAUGCCAAUUUAUUUUCUUUUGUUCAAUACGUGACGCAUAUAUCAGUAGUUUAGAAUGCCAAUUUAUUUUCUUUUGUUCAAUACGUGACGCAUAUAUCAGUAGUUUAGAGUGCCAAUUUAUUUUCUUUUGUUCAAUACGUGACGCAUAUAAUCAGUAGUUUAGAAAGCCAAUUUAUUUUCUUUUGUUCAAUACGUGACGCAUAUAUCAGUAGUUUAGAAUGCCAAUUUUCUCUUGUUCGAUAGGUAAGGCAUACACCAGCCGUUAAAAAUGUAAACUUUCAUUUGUUCGAUACACGACGCAUACAUCAGUAAAUACCAGUAUCUAAGAUUGCCAAUUUUCUUUUGUUCGAUACAUGAGAUAUACAUCAGUACAUUUGUAGUUUUGAAUGCCAAUUUCUUUUGUACAAAACGUGACGCAUACUAUAGUACACGUAGUUCUGAAUGAUAUUUUCCCGUUGUUCGAGGAGCAAUGCAUUGCUGUAUACGGUGAAUUUUUUUGCGAUAUAUUACUCAUAUCUCCGUAGUUUAUUAUGCUUUCAACGUUGAUACAUAACUCAGAUCUGAGACAAGACCACAAUUGAUUAUUUAAGCCUUUUAACAGUUAAAUUGUCAAUGUUUGACCGCGACGCAUCAAAUACUGCGUGGGGUUGUGAAUCUGAAAUUUUGAUAUGAUAUUCCGGACAGUCGGACAAGUAAAUGGUGAAAAAAAAACUGGUAGUUGAUCACGGAAAUUUUUUGAUAAUCGACAAAUCAGACAGACAUUGAUAUUUCCACUCUUUUCAGCCAACUGGCAGAAAAAUCUCAGAACACGCCCCCUAUUACCAAAUUAGCAAAAUUCGAAAUGAAUUUUUUCAUCAAAUAAUUUCUUUAUAUCUGUAGACUUGCCACAACAAAUAGUUUUUCAAUACCUCUCCAAAUAUGUACUUGAGAGUUAAAAACAUGCACUCGUCUAAUUGAUAGGCCUCGACCCUCCAACCUAUGAAGAUUCAUUAGUGGUCUUGUCUCAUCUUGUAUCUGACACGUGUAUCAGUAAAUUUAGGAUGCCGCUUUUUUCUCGUGCGUAUAUCUGUAAAAGUUUAGAAUGUUAAUUUUCUGUGAGAACCGCCAGACUUCACAUUGAUGAUAGCCAGGCCUUUGAAAUGUACACAUUCAUGACUUUUGUAGAAAUGUACAAUGUUUGAUGGUACCAAUUGAUAGUAAAUGACACUUGCAGAUUGUAGAUGUCAAUUGGUAGAUGAAGUCAACUGCUGAGUGAAAUAAAAGCUGAAUUUUGUAGUAAAGAUUUUUGAAUAAAUGAGGGUUCGCGAAAAUUUCACGAUUUUUAUUUCGGUUUUUCGAAUGAAAGAAUAUUUUCGCGAAAUCCGCGAAAAUGUCAACUAAAACACUCGCGAA